GCAUCGUGCGCGGGUAAACUCGACAAGUGCGUUUGAAAACGCCUUGGUAAGAACUCGCGUUUGUUGUUGUUUCUCUUCGUUUGAUGCCACAGUACUUAACCAAGUGUCAACAAAAAUGUUUGAAGCACACAGCAUCAAUACCGAGCACAAGGAUCUCAUACACGACAUAGCUUAUGAUUACUACGGGCAGCGGAUGGCCACAUGCUCUAGUGAUCAUUACGUCAAGGUCUGGGACGAGGACGAGCAUGGGAACUGGCACUUGACCGCGUCCUGGAAGGCUCACGGUGCUUCUGUUUGGAAAGUUACCUGGGCACAUCCCGAAUUUGGUCAAGUCUUGGCUACUUGUUCUUUUGACAGAACUGCCGUUGUCUGGGAAGAAAUAGUUGGAGAAGGAACUGGAGUUGGUGAUAGGGGUACAAGGCACUGGGUGCGUAGAUCAAAUCUCGUCGACUCCAGAACUAAUGUGACAGAUGUCAAAUUUGGUCCAAAAAUAUUAGGUCUUUUAGCUGCAACAUGCAGCACAGAUGGAGUUAUUAGGAUAUAUGAAGCACCUGAUGUGAUGAACAUCAGCCAGUGGACAUUGCAGCAUGAGAUUAAUUGUAGAUUUGCUACUAGUUGCUUGGCAUGGAAUCCUUCUCUUUCAAGACUUCAUCCUCCUAUGAUAGCAGUAGGUAGUGAUGAUUCAAAUUCAACAAACGGAGGAAAAGUGUUUAUUUAUGAAUACUCAGAGAUUAGCAGGAAAUGGGGAAAGACUGAAACUAUAUCUAGUAUCAACGAUGCAGUUCAUGAUCUUGCAUUUGCUCCAAAUUUAGGACGUAGCUAUCAUACACUUGCUGUUGCCACCAAAGAUGUGAGAAUCGUAUCCAUAAAACCUGUACCAGAUCAAGUUGGACUGGGGAGAUUUGAAAUUUCGACAUUAGCACAAUUUGAUGAUCACUACUGUACAGUUUGGAGGGUCUGUUGGAAUAUAAUGGGAACAAUACUGGCAAGUUCGGGUGAUGAUGGUUGCGUGAGGUUAUGGAAAGAUAACUAUAUUAACAACUGGAAAUGCGUUGCUGUAUUGAAAGGUGAUGGAACUACUGCACAUAGUGCAGAAAACGUUAUGUCAACGCCACCCAAUUCGAAUCAUAAUUUGGGAGUGCAACUGCCUUCCUCAACCACAAGAUCAAUUCAUAUUCCAACUGAUAAUACAGAACCUGACGUAACUUUUGAUACCAAUAUUUCUUCAAACAAAUGGCAGCCUCCGGAGAUAAGAGGUCGCUUUAGUAAAUCAGUUUGGUUGGAAGAUCCUGGUGAAGCGAUACCGGCUCUUCCUAUUUCUUUUAAACGAAAGUCCAAAAAAUAGAUGCAGUCAGUGUUUAUAAUAUGUAAGAAACUGCAUGUGAUAAUAAGUGGUUAAAUUUCCGCAGUUGUUGCAACUAUAAUUUAAGAUUUUAUGAUUUACGUCUAUUUAAUUACCGAGUCAUUUUCAUUUAAUUUUAAACUAGAUACAACCAAAAGACUUGAUAAGAUGUAAGGAUUGUAUGCGUUCAUGUAUUUUAUAAUUUUUAUCAAUUACCAGUUGGAGAGGAAAAAAAAGUAUCUUUAAUAAUGUGCCUUGGUGCUUGGAACUAAAAAUUUAAAUAAGACUAGGAGUAAAAUAAUCUUUGGGCACUUGAUGUUGGUAGUAUUUUAGGUUUAAAAAAUUUUGAUAAAAUUUCAAAACAAAUAUUAUUGCUAAAGCUAUCAAAUAGAAAUAAAAGCUGUGAUUUAGGUGAUAAUUUUAGUAUCACGGUAUAUUUUUAAAUCAUGUAUUAUGCUACGUCUUCUAUGUUAUCUGUUUGCUUUGCUGUUGGACUAUUGUAAUAAUCGCAUGAAAAGUAUUUGUAAUGAAAAUUUUCAAUUUACUCCAAUGCUAUGGCAAAAUAUUUAUAGUGAGAUAUUGUUAAAAAAAAAAAUGUAUGAGGACAAUACCGUAUGCAGUACGGUUC